AUGCUGCGUCGUUUUUUGAGUAUAAGACGAUUACUUAGAAUGCCUGCGACAGAAGCUGGAGAUCAAUAUUCAGUAUGGGUGGGCUUGAUAUAUAUAUUUAAUUUGAUUGUUGGCACCGGUGCUCUAACGUUACCAGCAGCAUUUGCACGAGCUGGAUGGGGUCUCAGCACUAUUUCACUCCUAUUCCUUGCUUUCAUGAGCUUCAUGAAUGCUACUUAUGUGAUAGAGACAAUGGCAUGUGCUAAUGCAGUCUUUAAGUGGAAAAGAUUGCAAUUUAUUAAAAGAAACAGUAUUCAGGAUCAUGACUCAGAUGAAGAGCCUGGUACCUCCCAAUAUCCUUAUGGGGAUUUAGAGGACCCUCUUGUAUGUGGAGAUUCAAUACCUUCCCGGUAUUAUAGUCUUGACAAACGGAUAGAACUUGGUGAAAUGGCAAAUCUGUUCCUAUCCAAAAUGGGCAGGACAAUGUUUUAUUGCACCUUAUGCGUGUAUUUAUAUGGAGAUCUUUCUAUUUAUUCAGCAGCUGUAGCCAAAUCUGUUAUGGAUAUUGUAUGCUCGACGGUCCCAUCGAACCUGACGAAUACUACAGACUGGGAUACCUUGCCCUGUUUUAACUUUACCUCGUCGGAUCCAAGCGUGUACACUCGCCUCGAUUGCUACAGAGUAGCGUUGUUGACUUUCGUUGGAGUGACCGCCCCUUUUAUAUUUUCUAACGUACAGAAGACUAAGUAUCUUCAGCUGUUUACGUCGGGGAUGCGGUGGCUUGCGUUCGCGAUCAUGAUUUCGAUGGCUAUACAUCUGCUCAUCGGACACGGGCCACAGGGCAAGCCGCCCGCAUUCGACUUUACUGGAAUGCCCACUCUCUUCGGAGCGUGCGUAUAUUCAUUCAUGUGCCACCAUUCACUACCAGGGCUGAUCAGUCCGAUUAGAGGCAAAAACCGUUUAGGUUUGCAUCUCGCUCUGGACUACGUAUUAAUAAGUAUCUUCUAUCUCUUGCUAGCGUUCACGGGUGCGUUCGCGUUCGCACACCUAAGCGACUUGUACACGCUUAACUUUGUACCCACAGACAAUGAAAAUAUAUUUUUGGAGAUUGUCGAAUAUUUUCUAGCCCUAUUCCCUGUGUUCACUCUCUCCACUAGUUUUCCGAUUAUCGCUAUCACGCUCAGAAACAAUCUGCAGGGUUUGUUUUUAGACACGACGCGCUUGGAGUCGUACAAUUUUAUAUUAAGAAAGCUUUUGUUCCCAAUUGUAACGGUAUUACCUCCACUACUGCUGACUUACUUCUUAGAAGAUAUUGGAAUUUUGAUUAAGUUUACAGGAUCGUAUGCCGAAGAUAUUAUUCGUGUUAAUCUUCUUUUUCUCGGCGUUGACGCAUUGGAGUCAAUGAAGGAAUGA